CUUGAGAACUACACUAAACAAUGAAUAGUGUCAGUUGUUUACGAAAUAAUGCCCAAAUAUUACGAUCUUUUACGAGACUAUUCUACGCUUCUACUAUAUCAAAUACUCCAUCAUUCGAGGAAGAUAAAAUACGGGCAAAACUUAAGCCAUUAAUAGGGUCAGGCGGCGAUAUUUUGUUGAGCUAUGGAGUUAAAAACGCAAAAGACAUUGCAUCGAUAACCAUUGAUAAUCCUAGCCGUAAAAAUGCUUUAACAGGGCAUAUGAUGGUCCAGCUGGCUGAGAUUAUAGACGAGUUAGAGACUUGGGAUUCAGGARAGGGUGUUAUUUUGCAAGGUGCUGAGGGAACUUUUGCAUCAGGUGCKGAUUUAAGUGUAGCAAAAGCGAUCCUUACCCCAGAGGAGGGGGCAGAGAUGUGCUUCUUUAUGCAGAGGACUCUGACAYGUUUGAGGCGACUGCCUUUGGUUAGUUUGGCUGUUGUGCAGGGAAAAGCUGUGGGAGGAGGAGCGGAGCUGACAACUGCAUGCGAUUUCAGAAUCAUGUCAAAAGAUGCAGAAAUGAGGUUUGUUCAUGCAAAAAUGGGAUUGUCUCCAGGGUGGGGUGGGGGAUCAAGACUAGUAAAGAUUGUUGGACGACAUAAAGCAUUAGAAAUCCUACUACAAUGCAAAAGAAUGGAUCUGGAAGAAUCUCUUAAGUGUGGUUUAGUGGAUGCAGAACUAUUGGAAUCUAAGGAUGCUUUAGAGACAGCUGCUGAUUGGCUGGCUCCAUAUGUAAGAGAUCAUUCAUCAGUGAUUAGGGCAAUAAAAGGUGUAGUAGCCGCAGCUGAUGACCUGCCAAUGGAUGAAGCCUUAACAGUUGAAAGGUCUUUUUUUUCUACAGUUUGGGGAGGUGAAGCAAACAAGAAUGCCUUGAGUAAAAACAUCAAGCAUAACUAAACAGUUGGAGAUGAAAUCAAGUAAUAAAGAGGUUUCACAGCAGCCGUGUAACUUGUGGGAUGACACAAACGUUUCCUUUGGGAAAUGAAAUCUAUUGUCAUGUAAAACACAUUGCAUUGUGCAGUGUCUGCCCUACAAAAUGAAAACCCUUAUGUUCUAGAAUGGCAWCAGUUUAAAAUGAGAAAAUUGAAGCAUAAACUACUGUAAUAUAAGAUCCUUAAGAGAAUCGGAUACAAUUUUGAUGAUGGUACUAAGACACCAACCAAAUCAAGUAAAAGUUUUAAAUCAAAAAGAAAAAACCUUCUAGAUCUAAAAUUAUAACUAUUACUUGAAAUGUGGGUAACAUUUUUAUUGAUGUAUAAUAAAUUAUUUAUAACACUA